CGCUGAAAAUUGCUAUUUCGUUUGAUAAGAAGCAAAGUUCGAACGGACAUAACCAAUUCAACAUUCGUAGCUUCAAGAUGAUGCCUGCAGUUUUUAGAGUUCUGAAUCGAAGUGAUGGUUACGUUUCUUUCGGAAGUAUUUGCAGUUCAAUUCGGACCGAACUACCCGCUGGCAGUUCGGAAGCAUCAAGUCUGCAGUCCAAAGUUCGACGAGCUCUGGACGAUGCAUACGCUUGUGGACUCGUGAACCAAUCCGAAAAUCGGUAUAAAAUUUCAUUCGACCUUGGUACAGCGGAAAACCCACAAUUUGAAACGAAGCUGAAAGUUCUGAAACGGGAAAUACAGCAAGCGAAAAAAUCAACAAGGCGCGACCAGCAGGCGCAAAGUACCGAUCCACGCGAAGGAUCAUCCCAAGCUGCCGGUCCACGAGACUGCGGUCCGGGUUGGCGGCGACGUCCGGUGGCUCAACGGCAGGCCAUUGCAAUCUAUCGACGAAUGAAGGCAGAGCGCCAGGGAAGAUCGCCGCGUCGGGAUAGCUCGUCGACCCGCGGUAGAAGUCGCUCAAGGUCCCGUUCACGGCGGUCGAGAUCACGCUCUCGGCGCAGAACGUCACGUUCGCGGUCCCGGUCCCGUGGUGGAAAUCGAUCACGUUCACGUUGAUCAGGUUCAGUUUGAGCUGUAUGCAGCCAGAACUAAUAUUUCAGUUAGUGUAGGGAGUGUCAAAUUUUAUUUAUAAUUGAAUACAUAUUGUAUAACUAGCUGACCCGGCAAACUUCCAUGCAUCAUUCUGGUAAAAAAAACACUCAUAUUGGAUGGUAUU